AGAGGCAGCCGCUUCCUCUCGCUGGAAAGUGCAACUGAAUUUUAGGCAUAAAAAACGACAUCAGCGUGAGGAAUUGAAAACCUUCCUUUCGAGGACAUCCUCAUCACCUCCCAGCUGUGAACUGAUUCAGUUGCAUUAGAGGACGCGACUACGGGAAACCUGAAUGGGAAACUUCCACGAAGCUCCUCAGCAAAGAUGGUUCGGUCAGUAAUGUUGAAAGUCCUGAUGCAUAUUUUCCUGCUACCCCAUGCGGGUGUUCAGUGUUUGAUGCCUGAGGACAAAGCCUUUCCUCUUCCAGCUGCCUUUAAGCUCCCUUGGCGAGAUGAGCUGUGCUGUGAUUCACCUCUUGUCCAGUUCAGUGUAAAGGGAGGUGCCAUGCAUGCAGCAGAGACAAACUGUUCUGAAUCUAACCUCCCACACUGUCCCCGCUGCAACUUCAGGAACUCAAGGGAAUCGCAGCCUAAUGAGCCGCCUGGCGGUACCUGUUUGGACAUACAGUGCAGAAUCGGUGAAAGUUGGCCAAAUUUGACUUGUGAAUUUCAGCAUCACAACCAACCAUCAGGAACCCUGAGGGCUGGGCGUACGGUUGUCAGUUUUCAGCAGCUGUUUGAGAAAAACAGCACGGAAGUGUCCAAUCCAGCAUCUAUGUAUCCUAUUGUUUGUAAAGGGGAGGAUACCAUAGUGUGCUCACUCCAUGUUGACCCUGCAAGAAAUUUUGUCACCAUGGUAACCGUUAAUAUCUCCAAUGCCAUGGCUCCACCAGUUCUGCUCAGAAAUCUUGCCGUACCUGUAAAGCCAAGCCCUCCUGUCAGCCUGUCUCACUUUCAGACUAAUAAAGCAGAACUCAUUGUCCAGUGGAAAGACCCAUCAGACUUUAGCUCUGGUCCACUGAGAUAUGAGGUUCAAUACUCCUUCAGUACCACCCACCCAACCAUACAGGUGGUGUCUGUUUCUGAUCAGCCCAGGGUUUCUCUGCAUCUGGAGCCCUUUGUGAAAUACACUAUUCAGGUUCGCUGCUCCAGCCUGGAAGAACCUCCACUGUGGAGCAACUGGAGCAAACCUCACUUCAUCUACCUGGGAGAAGUGAGUUACAUCCCUGAACAAGUGGUGGCACAAACAGGGGAGAAUGUAUCAGUGUAUUGUGUAUUCAAUGACCGCAGGAUGAACGCCAGCACAGCCGUGUGGAAGUUAAAUGGCAAAGAGCUUGAUCACAGUCUGUCCCACCCGGUUAACGAGUGGGUCAGCCAGAUUACAUUCUGUGCAUCUGAGACUGGGCUGUAUGACGAGCUGCAAUGCAAAAAUAAUUUUUCGAUACCUUACAGUCAGAUCUAUGUACAAGGGGGUUUCAUUGAUAUAAACUGUAUGACCAGCGGUGACAUCGAUGCUAUGAAAUGCAAGUGGACAAACAAAGAACGACAUACACUUAUAUUAUUUUUUGAGUGGACUAGUUUAACAUGUGACAUGAUGAAGGAGGUGGAAAGUUCUGGCAAGGAAGUGUUGAAGGAUAGCUCUUCUUGCAAGGCGGUGAAAUCCUCAGACAAGUUCUGCACCAUUAGUCCUCUGAAAGUAAGCUACUGCUACAAACUAUGGAUGGGGCUGUGUGAGAAGGAUAGCAGUUCCACGGAGUGUACCAUCCAGUCCAAGCCCAUCUACAUAUCACCUUUGGAUCAUGUCAAACCUCACCAACCAACAAAUGUGAUGGCAAACAGCAAGAGCAGUGGGGUCCUGAAAGUAACUUGGGUGCGUCCGAAACUGCCUGUUCAGAGCCUCCAAUUUCAAUACCGCUUGAGAUCCACUGAUACAGAGAACUGGAAGGUCCAGGGUCCGUUGCAGUCUCACUGGGCAGAGGUUGUGGUACCAAAUAUGUGCAAAGUGUACAUAGUUCAAGUACGCUGCAUGCUCAAAAGUGGGAAAGGCUACUGGAGUGAUUGGAGUGACUCUGUUAAGUCUAUACCUGAAAAUAGCAGAGUUCCUGAACGUGGCCCUAAUUUCUGGAGAAUUCGUCAAGAUGCCACCGACAGAAACCACUCGAACAUCACUGUGCUGUUUGAGUCUUUCCCGGUAUUUUGGAACUCCUACUGUGUGGAUGGAUUUAUUAUUCAGCAUCUGUACUCAGAUGGAUCUAUCCAGAGAGAAAGGAUCAGUCAGUUGUCUCCCUACAGCUUUGACUGGAAUCAGGAGCACCAUACUGUGACUGUGGAGGCCUUUAAUAGUCUGGGAAGCUCCAUCAACAACAUAAACAUGACCCUGGAGAAACAACCUAAACGUCGCUGUGUGAAGUCGUUUCACGUGGUACUUAAAAACAGCACCUGUGCAUCUCUGUCAUGGAGCUUGUUAGACAGCAGCUCUGUGCCUCAGUUCAUGGUGGUUCAGUGGUUCCCACAAAGGCGGCAAAACCUUAAGGACUAUGACUGGAGUCAAAAUUCAUGGGUCAGACUACCCUACACCGUUUUUCCCGUCUAUAUACACAGAGUUUUUUUGUUUGAAGAGUACAACUUCCAUUUGUACCCUGUGUUUUCUGAUGGGGAAGGGGAGCCAGUAAUCACUUCAGCAUCCAGAGGAGGGUCUACAGCCUAUGGGAUGCUGAUGUCCAUCUCUUUCCUUUGCACCUUCCUGUUGGUCACCCUGUUUUUCUUCCAAAAACCGAUGAAAAAGUUAGUGUGGAAGGAUGUCCCCAACCCAAACAAAUGCUCAUGGGCUAAAGGACUAGACUUCAAAAAGAUGGACUCUUCUGGUAACCCGUUUCAGUCUCUGGAAUGUUUGCAAGCUUUGCCACCGCUCCUGCCCUCCGAGGAUAUUUCCAAAGUUAUCAUCGUUGAUAAAUCUUCAAGCGAAGGCCUAAUCCAUUCAGUUAACAAGUUGGUGGAGAGUGAGGCAUUCCUUGAUGGAUUUUCCUUCUCAAUUUCAAAUCUAAGUAGAAAUGAAUUGCCACCAAUUCAUCCCCUAGUUGACCAGCAUCCAGGAAGCUCUGACAGCUCAGCCCAGUCUUCAGUUGUAUAUGCUAAAGUGCACCCCACUGUUCAGCAGCCCAUUCAUUUUGAUCACAAGGAUGGUAGUGGCAGCAGCUCCUGUGAUAAGGAAAUUUACUCUGCCAUCAACUCAGACAUUUUAUUAUCUCUCAGCAGUGAACUGUGGGAGUCGGGCAGUUGUCACAGUACAGAGGUCAAAAAGCCCAGACGCACCUCUUUUUCCAAUACUAUGAAGGACCUGUGCAAAAUGGCAAAGCAAAUGGGUGAAGGAGGGGAAAAGGAGGAAUUAUAUUAUUUAGGCAUGGAACAUCUAGUAGAGAAUGAGGAGACCAAGGAAGAGAAGCAGAGAGGUGAGAAAACAAAAAAUGAGCUUCCUGGAAAUGCUGUCUUGCACAGACAGGACUGUUCUGUGUUGUUGCGUCCUCUGCUCCACUCGGAGAUGCGGUCAGUGUCAGCAUGUGGCUUCCCCUCGCUUUACAUGCCUCAGUGCAGAACUGCUCCAUGCACAGGGCAACUCUGUCUAACCUCAAGGAAUCAAGUCCCACCAUUGAUUUAAAAUAUGCUUCAUUAAAUUAAAUACAUUGUAAACUGUGUCAUGCUUUAGCAUUUACUAAAGAUUUACAUCGCACUACUUUGAAGAUUAAAUGAUGUGUACCCAGAAAAUAAAAAAAAAAGACAGUGGAAUUUAAGAAAGACUGUAAAAUUAUAUGCAUUAUUGCUACAAUUAUGUUCUGUGAAAAUGCACAUCAAAAAGGUACAUGCCUCAUAAAUACGUACUUCUUUUUUUGUAGUAUCAGUGACUGAUGCAGGAAAAAUAAACAAAUGGAACAAAUAGGAAUUCAAAAAGGAUGAAAAAGAUAUAUUUUUCAGGCAACAUUGACUUUUAAACAGUUACUAAAUGAAACCAGCCUGAGUGAAUAAAGGAGAUUCUUUAGACGUUCACUGCAUUCAUGGGCAGUUCAUGCAACACCUGCAUGACCUGCCCAUGUAUUUUGUGCUAUAAUGUAUUUGUAACUUUGUUUCAGUUUGGGCAAAAUAUGAGAUCUACUUUUGUCUUUGAGGGAAAUUGAAACUACUGCAAAUAUAGAAACAUUGUCAGAAAUUGUUUGUGUGAAAAGAUCUUGCUUUUUUUUUUUUAAAUUGUGGUUAUAAAGUACUGUGGAUAUUCGUCAUUUGUUUGAUAGUAGUAUUCAGUUGUUAUUGGUUAGGUGACUUUUAAUCAGUGAUGGGUUUUAAUCAGAACUGCAAAUUUUCUGAGUAAAGAUACACUAAUAUUUCUAACUUUUUCAUUCAAACAGUACCAGUAUGCAUUUAUCGGGUGUACUUUUUAUACAGUGAGCAGCAGAAAUAACAUAUCGAUUUAAUAUUGGUUAUUUUGUAAGUAUGAUCAGAUCUGCAAGAGCAGAAAAAAGACAGAAAUUGUACUAGUGACUAUUAGAAAA